AUCUCCUGACGUCAUAGGCGCGCCGGAGCGCUUGCACAGCGGAGCCGGGGGCGGAAGUGCUAUCGGCGGAAGUGAUAAUUGCGCGAGUCGUGGGUGGGAUGACCGCGGGUCAGCUCCUUCGAAGGCUGUUGCGAACACCUUCCAGUUCCAUGGCUCAGAGCCGAAUCGGUGGCGUGUCCCCCUCCAGGGCCAUGCACGCGAAGCGCGGGCCUCGAAAGCUCUCCAUCGAAGGAAAUAUUGCUGUGGGAAAGUCCACCUUUGUGAAGUUACUCACGGAAACUUACCCAGAGUGGCACAUAGCUACAGAACCUGUAGCAACAUGGCAGAAUGUCCAGGCCGCUGGCACCCAAAAAGCCUACACUGCUCAAAAUCUUGGAAACUUGCUGGAUAUGAUGUACCAGGAACCAGCACGAUGGUCCUACACAUUCCAGACAUGUUCUUUUAUGAGCCGCCUAAAAGUACAGCUGGAGCCCUUUCCUGAGAAACAAUUACAGUCCAAGAAGGCGGUACAGAUCUUUGAGAGGUCCGUGUACAGUGACAGGAGUUUGCCAGCCGGGUCAAAUUACAUGGCUUCAUCUACCUCCAGGCUACUCCCCAGGUUUGCUGGAAGAGACUACACCACAGGGCCAGGGAAGAGGAGAAAGGAAUUGAGCUGGCAUAUCUUGAGCAGCUUCACAGUCAACACGAAGCCUGGCUUGUUCACAAGACAACCAGGUAAGCAGAGAAGAGGGCAGCACCACACAGACACCUGCCUCCCUACAAGCCAGUUGCCCAAACAUGAGUUCAGCACGCAGCCCCAUAAGAAGGUUGAGAAUGUACCGAGUGGUUGGAAAUGCCAAGCAUUAUCCAACUCAGAAACUUAAAUGUUAGAUGUAAUCUAUAUACUAAGAGACUUUUUAUUAGAUUCUGUUUCUCACCUUUUUUGUUUUUUAACAUUACCCUAGAUUGAACAUUGUGAUUGAGGAUAGUGAUAUAGUUAGCUCAGGGUGAAGGUCUGAAAAUUUCUGGAGAAAUUGUCCUUCUUACUAAGUUGACAGUCCUAGUUUUGGCCUUUCCUUCCUUCGGGCUCGGCAUGCUGUCCACUUGAAAUGUGUAGGGCUCUGACCUUCCGUAUCCAUUUCAAGACUAAAGAGAAAUUUCAGCCUUCCUCUUUCUGGCCAACUUUAUUAAACUCUUUUUCAAAUUGCUAUUUACAUGCCAUUUCAUUGAGAAGCCAUGUGACUUUAGAUCUCUUCUAUGGAUUACUAAGACUUGGUGAGUAUGUGAAGGUUGGCUCAGCUUUCUUUUUUCUGUCCCCUAAAACGUUCAUGCUUCU